AUGUUCGCCUCCAUCUGCCGGCGGCGGCUCGCCCUCCGAAUCCAUCAAAUCGCUGGCGGUGGCGGCAGGACAAACCCCCUCGAGUUCAUCCCUGGCACCAUCCCUCUCGCCCACUGCUACUCCUCGCCCGCCGUCGCCGAAGUCCCGAGCUCGGAGCCCUGCCCCGACACCGUUUCCUACCUCAUCUCGUGCGGCCUCUCCCCCGCCGCCGCUGGCGCGGCCACCACCUCUCAACACCUCCGCAUCCGCUCCACCGACAAGGCCGACGCUGUGCGCGCCCUCCUCAAGCUCUAUGGCUUCGCCGACGCGGACAUCGUCCGGACGUUGCGCAGCGCCCCGGUUCUCCUCGUCGUUGACCCCGAGCGGGUCCUCCGCCCCAAGCUCGACUUUUUCGCCUCCCUAGGUUUCGAGACCCACAAGCUCGCCACCGAGCCUUUGCUGCUUGCACGCAGCCUCGACAAGCACCUCGUCCCCGCCAUCCAGUUCCUCCGCGGGAUCAUCGGCAGCGACGACGACCUCCGCCGCGCUUUUCACCGCGUCCCCCGCGGCCUCGCUGUGGACCUCGACAACAACAUGCGCCCCGCCGUGGAAGCUCUCCGCCGCGGCGGCCUCGCAGAGGCCGACAUUUCGAAGCUGCUCGUCAUCCGGUUGGGCGUGCUCUUGUCGUCACGGGAUCGCAUCAGCGAAAUCUUUGAGGAACUCAAGGCGAUGGGCAUGUCCGUCCUGGACCCACGCUUCCUCUACUGCUUCCGUGCGAUGUCCGGUGUUAAGAGGGACUCAUGGCUGCGGAAAAUGGCAUUUUACCAGAGCUUCGGGCUGUCAGAGGGUGAGUUGCUGCAGGCCUUCAAGAAGCAGCCCACGAUAUUCCUUUUCGCCGAUGAGAGCAUAAACAAGAAGGUCCGGUUCCUGCUGGACGAGCUGAAGCUUGGAAUAAGUGAUGUAAUUGCGCGGCCUGUAGUUCUAGGUUAUAGCUUGGAGAAGUGCAUCCUGCCGAGGUGUGCCGUGCUGAGUGUGUUGAUGAGGGAGGGGAGGAUUCGGAGAGAUAUCAAAUUGCUUCAGGCAUUGCUUGGCAGUUCCAGGAAUUUCGAGACCAGGUAUGUGUUGAGGCAUGCUGAUGAUGUGCCAGAUGUUGUUAAGGCAUAUCAGGGUAAGAUCAAAUUUGAAGGAUUCAAAUAG